CUUAAAUUUGCAUCCGAAGGUUGAUACCCUCCCUCUCCUCCCUCUCCCCACCAACGAGAGUCGCAAUACUGCAGCCGUUUUCUUGAGGGAACCGCGCCGCAAAGCGGUGAUGCUCACUGUGUGGGACCAUGCGCAAUAUAUCCAAUGAUAUCAUCUUCCCUCAUCUGGGUGCCCGUGUCAUAUCAUCAGUUGUCCAUUUUGUUGGCUCUGCUGUUCUGGCAUUCUGCCUCGCUCGCCGGACAGCUGAGGACGGCUUAUUAUCCGACCUCCGCCGCGAUUGGAGAAAUAGCUCAUACGCCCGUCUCUACGUCAUCCUCGUUUUCUUCGACAGUCUCAUCUUUGUCGUUUUCACCGGCAUUCUUAUUCAUGGUAUUGGUCUCGAGUUAAGCCAUGCCACCUGCAGUUUAGGCAUCUUCGCAUGCAUCUUCUUGUAUACCUCGAGCAAGAUACUGAUAUACUCUUUUCUCUCGGAGCGUGUUUGGCUCGUAUGGUCCAACAAUGCAAGUGUGACCAAACGGAGUCGAUGGUCAUCUCCGGUGUAUCGAAUAUGUGCUGGCAGCAUCAUGGUCUAUUGUGCCUGCAUCACGUUGCUUAUUGUGUAUCGAGUGGCCACCCUGGAUCAUGAAACUGGCGUAUGCCAUAUCGGCAUUCAAAAAUUUGUCUCCGUGGCUUUGGUUGUUUACGACACGUACAUCACACUAUUGUUGACAGGCCUCUUUGUCUAUCCGAUGUGGCGUGAUAAGGUCAAGAGUCCCCGCUUACGCAGGAUGGCCCUCCGAACGCUAAUCGCAGCCUUUGUGGCAUUGGCAACCUCCACGGUAAAUGUUGGGAUUUUAUUGGCUCUUCAUGGGCACGAACUCGGGUGGGUUUGCUUGGCAAGCUGUGGUACCGACGUAACGGUAAAUGCCCUUGUCCUUUAUUUUGUCACUGAACGUCGCCCGAGGCGUUCGAAUGAUUCAAGGAGAGCUCCUAAUCAACGUAAUGCCAACAUGGCCGUCCUUGACGGUCUUGCAGUUUUGGGAAUCGACGGCAUAAAAAAUUUUACUGCAGAUCCGACUGAUGGAGGACGCCGGAACAGUGCAUGGUCGAGGCGGAGCAGCGCAUUCAGCACCAGACUCCGCCGAUUUGCAAAAGAUGCCUCGGGCGCUGGCCGUGGAAGGUUUUGGCAACGACGUCAUCAACUCCAGUUCCCUGAUCCCGCACAAAGUGAAGCUUCCACCGCAGCCGUCCCAGAUCCUCCCUCGAUGCCGGAAAUAAUUGAGGAUGUCGAGCACAAUCAGACUCAUGUGAUCGCUCCCUUCCAUGAGCCCCGCUCCGCGUUAUCCCCUGAAUCCCACCUUGACUUUGCGAAGAGACCGAGAUCUUCAGAUGAUGAGCGUAGCGUAGCCUCGAGUUGUCGGACAGGGGGAUCCCUCAGCGGGGAGAGCUUGAGCCACCAGAAGCACUCGUCUCCCCACCCACAUCGACAGACCUACACUGACCCUGUCACUGCUAUGCGUGAUCAAAGCAACCCCCGCGGUGAGCGUCUCCUGUCUCUGGAAGAUAUGCUACAAGAGGGUGCUCUGGAGUGUCCUGAAGGCUCUGCAAGACUUUCUUCCCCAUCGCCUCCCGUCCCACGAGUCGACAUGCAAACUUCAAUGGAGGACCUGCAUGCAUCGCUCAAGUCGCGACGACUGUCCGCGCCGGACAAUCCCCUUUCCGUGCCUUCUCAUUCUUCACUCAAAUCUCCAAUUCCAUUUUUCUCCCAACCCACCCUUCCAACUUUAGAUGUCCCGCCACCUCGGUCCAGCAUACCGUUCUUACCUCGGCAGGUCCCAAAACCCACCCCUGAAUCCACUGCCUUGUUUGGUACUUGGAAGGGGUUCCAGCCCACUGCAACCCCGAUGUCACGAUUCCCAGCGUCUCCGAAUGCAAAAGGCCCCAGAGACGAACCGACAUCAACCAGUCAAAUGAUUGAUCUACCACCAGCGCCCGACACGUCCUGCGAGGUUUCUGGUGUGGCAGCCGAGAUUGACAUAGCUGAUGUCAGGAUGAGCAUCGAUCAACGAUAGUCUCCGAUCGGUGGCUUACUGGAUAUCGUAAUACCCAAAACAUUGGUGUGCCACGUUAUAUAUCCCCUCUUGUGUCGUUCCUCCAUGUUGAUGCCUUUCCGACGAAAUUCACUCCUGCCUAAUUCUAAAGACUGCUGCAAGUUUCCGGUCUAAUGUAACUUUAUUCUGCCCCGUUGCAAUCCGUACAUUCUUCAUACACAAUUACUCCCUACAUCUUCCCGAUGUCUCAUGCCCCGCACAGUACGCUCGUCGUCCAUCCCGUUCAACUCUUAAUCACACUAUCAUUUUCUCUUGUCACAAAUCACACAUUCGUUCAGUCCCCGCGCCUUCAUCUCUUCCGUCUACUCCCUGCGGCUCGCUUUUUCAGUCUGGAUUAUAAUUUUAAUUUUGCUAGGAAUGGGUCUCGCGCUCUCGAAUGUAACACUAUCCUUGGUUUAGUUUCCUUGCUCUGCUUCGAUAGUAAUUGACAUGCUACAACCCUACCCU